CGUGUGUGCAAUGACGAAGCAAACGUUUGCGGAAUCAGCAAUUUGAUGAUGUCGUGAUCCUCACGUGACCCGGUAGCUUUCGAAGACACAGCCGUUUUCUUCAUACUCUCUCUCUCCUCGUACGCAGAUAGAAGGAUCGACGGAGGAGUGAACCCGGUUUCUCGUCAACGGCAAAUGACGAGAGUCUGACUGCCCUGCGUGUGGAAGUUGAUGUACGAUAUUCAUAAGGUGCCGACCGACGCCCCUGCGGCGCGUGUGGGCUCGUCCGUUAGCUCUGUUCGGGAGAGAGGGAACGUGGUGUUACGCUGUCUACGUGUGACGCAGGUUGUCGGUGCGCGGGACACAUGUCCGGAUUGUUCUACUGUGUUGUAUGUAGCGGAUUAUUCUUGAAUAUUCUAUAGGAAUCCCUCACUGAUAGACCACAAUGUGCGAAGUGCUGCCGACCAUACCGGAGUCGUCUCCCAGUCCCGAUGGCGAGAAUAACAAGUUGGAGCAGUUGAUGAUCUCCAUGUUGGAGGAGAGAGACCGGCUGAUGGAGAAACUGAGAGAGAGCCAAGAGCGAUACAGUGAGACCACCAGAAGACUGAGCGAGAUUGAAGCUGAUAACGGGAUUCUCAUGAGACAGCUGCAAGCCUUGAUGCCUGAGGAUGAGAAGUCUCUCCAUGAACUACUGGACGACUUGAGGAGAAGUGGAGGUGUGGGAUCGCUGGCCAACGGACAUGGCGAGCAAGACAUGAAGAAAUGGCCUGUUGCUAAAAAGUACGCCAGUCUGGUAAGAGAACUGGCAGCUGCUAAAGAGAAAGCCGAAGAGAAAGAAGAGGAAGUGCUGGAACUGAAAUCUGAGAGAAACAACACUCGAUUAUUGCUGGAGCACCUGGAGUGUCUGGUGGCGAGACACGAGAAAAGUCUGCGAAUGACCGUCGUCAGGAAACAGACUGCUCACCAGGCUGGCAUGAGUAGUGAGGUGGAGGUGUUAAAAGCACUGAAGUCAUUAUUCGAUCAUCAUAAGGCUCUCGACGAGAAGGUCAGAGAGAGGCUGAGAGUGGCUCAGGAGCGAAAUCUGUUUCUUGACGACGAACUGAAACUGGCCAACCACGAGAUCAAGGCGUUACAGGAGGAGAACAAGAGGUUGAAAAAGGCUCAGAAUAGAAACUCGGUUCUCUUCAGCAAGAGCUACGACAUGGGAGGAUUCACAAGAGAGCAGCUGGCUCUACUGGAGGACAGAGACCAGACCAUCAGUGAUCUUCAGUUCAAUCUCGACGAGAGAGCUGCUGAACUGGAGGAGGUGACCCAGGAGAGAGAUGAACUGAGCGGGAAAGUGCAGGAGUGUGAAGAGGAACUGUCCAUGGCGCUGAAAGAACUGCAGAGAGAGCAGGCCUCGCUCAAGAUCAUCAAGAUGCAGAACAACGAGUUGGUGUCAGCGAGGUCAGAACUGGAAUCAUGCGUGUCAGAGGCGCAGGCAGAGCUGUCGGCCCUCCAGCUGGAAUGUCGAGAUGUGAGAGAGCGACUCUCCGACACUGAAGACCAACUCGUCUCUCUGACCUCCAAGAAUAGCAAGUUGGAGGAAGAGGUUGAUAGUUUGAAGGGUGAGCUUCGAACCAGAGACUUGGCUCUGCUGUCGGCCCAUGAACUGAAGACGAAGCAGGAGAAGAUUCACUCCCAACAGCUACUGCAGGCAUCAAGAACGGCUGAAGCUGAAGAGCAAAUGGAAAAUAUCAAAAGUCAACUUAAAGCUGCCCAGGGAAUGGUGUCAGUGAAGGAGGCGACAGUUUCGCGACUGCAGCUGUCAGUCGAGAGGAUGUUGAGAGAGAGAGACACGGCGACUAGGAACCACCUCGCAGAGAAGAAGACACUGACCGAGGAGAAGACUAAAUAUCGAGAGCUGGCGGAGGAGAGAGAGAGGGUCCUGGCGGCGGACGUGAAGGAGACUGAGCAGCUGAAGGAAGAACUGUCGGCUCUGAAACGCCACCUGAAACUUGUCGAGGCAAGAGGCAGCCCAAACCUCUCUCGAGCCACCAAGCGUUACUCGUGGCAACCGACUAUGGAGCUGGACCUCUCCUCCCUCACCCCUCCCUCCUCCACCCCUCACCAUCACAUCCCCACCUCCUCCUCUCUCUCCGGCAUCGCAGAACUGAGAAGAAAGAAACUGGAUAAGGUUGUUGAAGAAGAUGAAGCCACAGUGACUCUAACUGUGCCAGGAGGAGGAGGAAGAGGAGGGAGAGGGAUGAGAGAUAUGGAUCUCGGUGACCUUGCCGACGAGGAGGCAGUGGCAAGACUCAUGAGAGACCUUGAAGGGAACCGUCAAAGGAAUGGAAUCAAGAGGAGAGAGUGAGGGAGGGAGAGACGAGGGAAGAAUCCAAGUUCCACAGUUUGAUUCCAAGAUCCCAAGACCGGCCGAAGGCUCAUUCUUCAACCCCGGUCUCGAGUCCAUGCCGCGGUCCUCUCCCCCGAGUAGUAGACGUGGCCGCAAGUUCAAGGCAGAGACAAUGCCUGGAGCCAUAUACCGAGUGUCUCAGCCUGCAUCCCCUCCCCCUCCUCCCUCCCUUUUUCCUCCGCCCUCCCUCCUCCCUCCCCCCACCUCCUCUUCCCCAUCCCUCCGCGGGGCUCCAGUGGAGCCGCAUCUCCUAGCAACAGUAGCAGCAGUGGGGACUCUGCCAACCAGUCUACAAGUUCCAAGAAGAGACGUCGAUCUCUGGGGAAACUGUUUCGUCGCAACAAGAAAGGUGGCAGUGCCAAAGGAUUCAAGAGAUUAAGCGAACCAGUCCCUAAACCUCCAAAUCGUGUCAGUGAUCCCCAGGUGAGAGACAGUGUUGAUUUUGGUGAGCUACUGGAGAAUCAGGAGGACAGAGAAGAAGACAGACAGAGAAAGGGUGACCUGCUGACCACCGUCCUCCAGAGGGGACUUCAUUUCAGCCACUGGGACACCAUGACUCUAGUGGCAUGGCUGGAGGUGUGGGUCGGUGUUCCCUACUGGUACAUCAUGGCCAUCAGGAACUGCAUAGCCAAUGGAGCCAUGUUGAAUAGUCUGACAGAGGCUGAAUUGGAACAGGAGUUUGGAAUAACCAACAGUCUCCACCGACUGAAGCUGCGGCUGGCCGUCCAGGAAAUGGUCUCACUCACUUCCUCCACCCACAUCGCAAGAACCACGUCUCUGUAUGGUGAGAUGGGUCACGAGUGGAUCGGUGACUACUGGUUGCCUAGUCUCGGCCUGCCUCAGUACAAGGAGGUAUUCAAAGUAUGUCUAGUUGAUGCACGGAUGUUGGAAUACCUGACAAAGAAGGACCUGCGAACUGCCCUCAAAAUGGUGGACACGUCUCACAGAAACAGUCUUCAAUACGGCAUCUCUGUCCUCAAGAAACUGGACUACAACAGAGCGGAACUGGAGAGGAGAAGAAGAGCUGUGGAUGUCAGAACCAAGAAAGAUGUUUUGGUGUGGGCUAACGACCAUGUGCAGGAGUGGGUGUGUCAAAUAGGACUCGAGGAUCACGCGAGACAUCUCUCCAAGAGCGGAAUACACGGUGGAGUCAUCGCCCUUGACAACGAGGUGGACCAUGAAAGGCUCUCGCUGGCGCUGCAAAUACCACUCAGCAGUUUCGAGGUAUGGGUCCGUGUAUCCGUCCGUAUACUCUCCGCUGAUGUGUUACAUUACAGGGUAAACACGUACGGGCGUUUUUAGUUGUAAAAAGUAUAUAGUGUAACUUCAGGUGAAACUCUUGAAAUAUGCGUUUUAGGAAACCAUGAGAUGGUUGGGAUUUUAUAGCUACAUAAGAAUAUUUUGCUAACAGCCUGUGUCGAAAUUUUGGAGUAGGAAAUAAUGUUCAUCAUCAGGAUGUUCCCUUAUUAGUUGGGUGUGGGAGUAGUUCGCUUGCUGCCUAAGCAGGGUGUGUUGUGGAGUGUUGCCUUGGUAUAAGUUGUGGGUGAUUCUCAUGACGGGAGGUUAAGAAACGUUAGCUCUGAUGCACAUUUGGUUUCUGGGCCUAGUGCUGGGUUUGCCUGCAGUGUGCCUUGAGAAGGGGUGAGAGCAAUUACAAUGCUUUGACGUUUU